GUGGAAAAACACCCACGCACCACGUUGUGGCCUCUGGUUAUGGUCCAUGCAGCCACGUGACUGUUUUCCUACGUCUCAUAAAGCACCUGCCGCUGAUGAUGAAUUCAGUGAAUGGCCGUCUUCACCUCAGGCGGAGGGGGGGCACAUCACUAAUUAAACGUAUGGUUUGACUUGAUAUCACACAACCUGUGACCUGGGUGUCGCACGUCACGGUGCACAUUCAGGAUUCUCGUGGCACGUGUUCACACCUCAUCCAAGGCGUUAACGUGCAGAGGCCCGAGUUUCCGAGCAACGCGGCUGAAGGCAGGAGGAUGCGAUGAGGUGAUGUGACCCUGGCUGUCCCCAUCCGUCUCUAUUUACAUGUGGCCCAACCUGAUCCAGGAACAAACGCAAACACGUGUGACACCCAGAUGCGCUUGUUGGAUCGUCUGCUGCGUAAAUGCCCGAUAAUGGCGCUGUUACUGCGGCCACGUGGAACAUUUGCACCUGCGUCCCCGAAAAAUAAACAAGGAUGCUCCCUCCGUGAUUAUUUUAGCGGCAUUUAAAUCCUGGGGCCGCCUGAGGCUCUUGACAUCACGCAGCUUGGUGCCUGGAGACCUUCGUGCCUCGCGUCCCGUGGCUAAUAAUUGAUAGAUGCGCUGGCUUCACAGCUGGCUGGCCGCUCUCCACAGUCCGCUGUUCCAAGCAUGGUGAAGUGAGGUUCACAGCCCACGCGCCCACGCACCGGACACCCGAAGGCCAGCAUGCGCGUCUUCCUCCUCCUCCGCCUCCUCGCCGCUCUCUGCGGCAGCCGCGCGCGCGCGAAGCCCAACGCGGGCCUGAAGACGUGGGGCCGCUUCGCCAGGCUGCCGUAUCCGGGCGACAAGGCGUUCCUCCACGACACCUUCCCCGAGGGCUUCGCGUGGGCGGCGGGCACGGCGGCGUACCAGGUCGAGGGCGCGUUCGACAAGGACGGCAAGGGGCUCUCCAUCUGGGACACGUUCACGCGCGGCGGGAGUCGCGUCGCCACCGGGGACGUGGGCAGCGACAGCUACCACAACCUCCGCGCCGACGUCCGCGCCGUCGCGCAGCUCGGCCUCAGCCACUACAGGUUCUCCCUGUCCUGGUCCAGGAUCUUCCCCAACGGCACGCGCGGGAGUUACAACGACGUCGGCGCGCGCUACUACCGCACGCUGAUCCGCAGGCUGCGGGAGAUCCGCGUGGAGCCGGUGGUCACGCUCUACCACUGGGACCUGCCCGAGCACCUGCAGCGGACGCUGGGCGGCUGGAGCAGCCCGCGGCUGGUGGAGAUAUUCCGGGAUUACGCGGACUUCUGCUUCCAGACGUUCGGGGACGACGUGAGGUACUGGAUCACCAUUGACAACCCGUUCGUGGUGGCGCGGCACGGCUACGGCACCGGGGUGGUCGCGCCCGGGAUCAAGAACGACGCCGACCUCCCGUUCAGAGUUGGACACAAUCUGCUCAAAGCUCACGCGGCUGUGUGGCACCUGUACGACCGGAACUACCGACCCCGUCAGCGGGGCCGGCUGUCCAUGGCGCUGGCCUCCCACUGGAUCAGGCCCAGCCGCACCCGGCUGGAGAGCCUGCGCGAGUGCCAGUGCUCGCUGGACCACGUCCUGGGCUGGUUCGCGCGGCCCCUGUUCACCGACGGGGACUACCCGCCCUGCAUGAAGGCCCGGCUGGGCUCUCGGCUGCCCGCCUUCACGCCGGAGGAGAGCCGGCGGGUGCGGGGCACCGCCGACUUCUUCGCCCUGUCCCACGGGGCGGCGCUGAGCUUCCACCUCAUCAACGACAGCCUGAAGUUUGGGCAGCAGGAGGAGCUGGACCUGAGGAUGCUGCUGUACUGGGUCAGCGCCGAGUACGACAGGCCGCCCAUCUUUGUGGUGCAGAGCGGUUGGUACGUCCUGGGGAACACGAAGACCGAAGACCCGAAACACAUGUACUACCUCAAGAGGUUCAUUUCGGAAGCCCUAAAAUCGGUUCUGAUAGACGGCGUGAACGUGAUCGGCUACACGGCCUGGUCGCUCAUAGACGGCUUCGAGUGGCACCGAGAAUACGGCAUCCGGCGCGGCCUGUACUACGUGGACUUCAGCACCCCCGACAUGAAGCGGGAGCCCAAGACAUCGGCCGCUUUCUACAGGAACGUCAUCCAGAGGAACGGGUUCCCAGAGCUCCCUGAGAACCGGCCGGCACAGGGGGUCUUCCCGUGUGGUUUUGCCUGGGGGGUGUCGGCCAACUCCAUCCAGGUGGAGGUCGCCCCCAGCCAGUUCGCAGACCCCAACGUCUACCUGUGGAACGCCUCCAACAACGGGGAGCUGCGGAGGCUGGAGGGCUUCAGGGCGCUGCCCCUGCGAAGCACCAACUGCGCCGACUUCGCCAGCGUCCGCCAGCAGGUGGACGAAAUACGCCAGGUGGGCUUGACCCACUUCCAUUUCUCCCUGAACUGGUCGGCCGUGGUGCACGCGGGCGACGCGGCCCGCGCCAACGGCACCCUGCUGGGCUACUACCGCUGCUUCGCCCGCCGGCUGCUGCGGGCCAACGUCACGCCGGUGGUCACGCUGUGGCACCACACGCGCCAGCGCAGCAGCCUACCGGCGGCGCUGGAGGCCGGCGGCCGGUGGCUCAACAGAGAGACGCCCGCGGCCUUCGCAGACUACGCCAGGCUUUGUUACCGAGAGCUCGGGGCCUACGUGAAGAUGUGGAUCACCCUGAACGAGCCCAACGACGACGUGGUGAGCUACCAGGAGGCGCACCAGAUGCUGCGGGCGCACGCCCUGGCCUGGCGCGCCUACGACCGGGAGUACCGACGAGCGCAGGGCGGGCAGGUGUCCUUGGCUCUGCACAUGGACUGGGUCGAACCGGCCUUCUCCUUCAGCCGCGAGGAUGUGGAACCGGCCAAGCGAGUCCUGGACUUCCGCGUCGGCUGGUUCGCGGAGCCGGUCUUCGGCAGCGGGGACUAUCCUCCGGCCAUGAGGAGCUGGCUGCGGCAGCUCAACUCCCUCGAUUUGCCAGCGUUCAAUGAGGAGGACAGGCAGCUGGUCAGAGGGACGUAUGAUUUCUUCGCUCUCAGUCACUUCAGCACCAAGUUGGUGACGCACGCAAAGGAAGACCCUUACACCUACAUAGCGAUGCUGGAGGUGCAACACAUGAUAGACACCACGUGGAUCAUGUCUCCGAGGCCUGUUGUGCCCUGGGGCCUGAGGAAAGCCCUCAACUGGGUGAAGGAGCACUACUAUGACGUGCCCGUCUAUGUGAUGGCUAAUGGGGUCCAGGAAGACCCAGCCCGCUUCAAAGACACACUCAGGGUCUACUACCUGUACAACUACAUCAAUGAGGCACUGAAAGCGUACACCCUGGAUGGCGUAAACCUCAAAGGAUACUUUGCUUAUGCCCUGAGCGACCAAAGAGACCCAGGCUUUGGUUUGUACGGCCAAGUCCAGGAAGAAAUAAUUGUCAAGGCUUCUCUCUCCAACUACCGCAACAUCAUCCAGCACAACGGCUUCCCCGUCAAGGGAGCUGCGCGCCAGCAGUGCCCCGGGUCGCCUGUUCCCUGCACGGGUUGUGACGUGCUGAAGAGGCCCGUGCUGGGCUUCCUGACCGUGGUGGGUUCAGGGGCGCUGAUCACGAUGGGUGUCAUCAUCUACUACACAGUGAGGAGACAUCGAGACUCUUACUGACGAUGGUGGCAUUUCAUGACUCGAGGAAGAAGCGCAGAGGCUUAUGGUUUAGUGUAGCGUUCAAGGUCUGAAGACUAAGUAAUUUAGAAUCACACUUGAACUUCUGUGUUAAACAUUUUCUAAAUGAGAUGUAGUUUGUAUCAGUUACAAAUAUUAAACAAGACAUGACUGGA